GGCACGACACGACUUAAAUGGCUCAGGGAAAGAGAGCCACCAGGCUGGAGGAAAAUGCAGACACCGAGAGGUCGACGGACACCACCGAGGGGAGCAGAGAAGAACAUGAGGACGGCACUCCUGCUGCUGGGCAUCGCCACUCUGACGUCCACCUUCCCAAAAUUCCAAAUCAAACUCCAAAUUGAGAACAGCAGCUCCGAGGAGGACGCGGACAUGAACGACUCUUCCAGUGAAAAUGGAGGCAAUUCAGUUCAGGUCGAGUCUUUAGUGGUGAAGAAUUUCAAUAAAGUCUCAAAAGACAUUUGGAGAGAUAACGGGGACGGUGAAGAAAGACACGGCAGAGCAAUCAGCAGCAACAAAAGAGGAGAUGGCAAAAACUGGCACCCCCCUGGAGAAGAAAUGACAAGAGGAAGAGUCGAUGAGGAUGACAGAGGAAGUGACGAGAGGAGCAGGGGUACAAAUGGCGUCCAGGAAACAAUGGGGGCAACCAGAGGAGAUUACACAAAUGAAGACGAGGCAGAGGGUGACACCCCACCAGACAACGUAGAGGACAGGAGAGGGAGAAAGAGAAAGAUAGCGGGUGACAUUAAAGGAAAAUACAAGACGGGCGAGCCAAGAGAAGAUGACAUGCAGGGUGACAGAGACGACGGAGACACAGCCAGCACAUUGAAUGGAAGUAAUGCCAAAAAUCAACAUGAGUGCCACGCCGGGGAUGAGGAGAACGGCAGCAGUGGGCAAAGUGAGAGGUCUGGUGAUGAAAAUGGCAAAUCCAAAGACACGAGCUGGUCAGGUGGAGCUGGAGAUCAGGGCAACAGCAAUGAUGAAGAGGAGGAAGAAGAAGACGCCCUUCAGGAUGGAGGAGGUCAAAGUGUUCAACAGGAAGGUGGCAGAGCUAAGAAGAGCAGAAAACAUGGCUGCAGGGAGGAAUGUCAGGAAAGAAAACUGAAGAACAGACACAACAGCGAUGAUGAUGAUGAUGAUGGUAAUGGUGACAGAGGAGACCAGGGAAAGAAAAGUAUACACCCUGAGAGCAGACAAGCAGCAGGCCAGCACAAGAGGGACAGUAGAAGAAAUGGGACACGUCAGACACAAGACAGCAAACCCCAAGUGUGGACCCUGGGAACAAAUGGAGGUGACCAGAGCAGGGAGGACACAGAGGUCCAGAGUCGGCCCCUGGUCAUCCAUUCAGCUCGUCAGGAAGAUGAGACAUCAGCAUCAAGUGGGAGCAGCUCCAGCAGUGAAGAAGAUCAGAAUGGAGGCUGGAGGGCCAACAGGAAAGUUCAGAGGGGCAGAGAUGAUGAACACGGGGACUCGGUCAGCAGUGAAGAAGAUCAGAAGAGUUCUUCAAAGUCCAAGAGAGAUGAUCGGCACAGAGGUUCAAGAUCCAGGAGUGAAGAAGAUCAGCACACAGGUUCAAGAUCCAAGAGCGAGGAAGACAAGGGCACAGGCUCAAGAUUUGACAGUGAAGAGUGGAAGAGUACAGGUUCAAGACCCUACAGUGGGGAGGGUCAGAAUGGCAGCUCAAGAUCCAGUAGUGAAGACCACUGGAAGGGCAGUUUGAGGUCCCACAGUACGAAAGAGCAUCAGAGCAGUGAAGCAUCCAACAGUGCAGAAGAUAAGAAGAACAGCUCAGAGUCCAACGGAGGAGAUCAGCACAGAGCCGCCAUUUCCAGCAGUGAGGACAGAAAAUUAAGAUCAAACAGUGAAGAUGGGAGAAGAAGUUCAAGGCCCAUCCGUGGGGAAGAUGAGAAGAGCAGCUCAAGUUCCAGCAGUGAAGAAGUUCAGCAGAGUGGUUCAAGAUCUCUCAGUGAUGAAGAGAGGAAGAGUGUGUCAAGAUCCAAAAGUGAAGAUCAGCACAGAAGCUCAAGGUCCAGCAGUGAAGAACUUUGGAAGAGAAGCUCAAGGUCCAGCAGUGAAGAAGAUAAAACCAGGUGUUCAGGAUCAGGCAGAGAAGAUCAGAAAAGGAGUUCAGGAUUCAUCAGUGAAGAGCACAACAGAGGAUCAAACUCCAACAGUAAAGAAGAUGAAAGAGGUGGUGAUGAUCGGAAGGGUAGUUUGAGGCCCAACAGUAUAGAAGAUCAAAACGGGCAUCCAAGAUCCGGGAGUGAAGAGCACAUGAAGAGCCAUUUGAGAUCCAGCAGUGAAGAAGAUCAACAAGUUGGCUCGAGAUCCCUCAGUGAUGAAGAUAGGAAGAAUGGGUCAAGAUCCAAAACUGAUCGGUCAAGAUCUAGCAGUGAAGAACUUUGGAGGAGAAGCUCAGGAUCCAGCAGUGAAGAAAAUAAACAAGGUGGCUCAAAAUCCAUCAGUGAUGAUCAGAAGAGUAGUUUGAGGCCAAAUAGUGUAGAAGAUCAAAAUGGACAUCCAAGAUCCAUAAGUGAAGAGCACAUGAAGAGCCAUUUGAGAUCCAGCAGUGAAGAAGAUCAACAAGGUGGCUUGAGAUCCCUCAGUGAGAAAGAUCUGAAGAGUGACUGGAGGUCCAUCAACCAGGAGGACAGCGUGAGCACCUCAAGGCCCAGCACACCAGGAAGUAACUUUGAUGGAGUAAACGAGAAGUCUGGCUUUAGCUCCAGCAGCGUAGCAGCGAAAACAAGAGCAUCGAGUCACCAUACGUCUGAAGGAGAUGCAGAUUCUGUGUUGGGUGACAGCAGCUUCAGCAGUUCGAGUAGUGAAGAGCCUCAGAUGAGGGUCCCCAGUUGUGGUCACAAAGACAAGUUGGGUCCUAGUGGUCUCCAUGGCCGAGAGGAAGGCUCCAGCAGUGAAGAGGAUCAAAGUGCAAGAGUGGCACGAAGAAGCCCAGAGAAAGGUGACGGAUCCCAGGGUCAGGAGUGAGGUGGUACCAAAGGUCCGGGGGUCACUUAUGAAUCUGUGUAGCGUAAAGUGGGGGGCACACCGCUGGUCCACAGGACUGACCUCCUUUUAUUUUUUUUUAGUUUCUUGAGUUUCUUACUUUAUUAUCUGAAAUAACCAAAGACACAAUGUCCCGUUGGACUAACCAUUUGAAGGUGACCAUCACAUCCUGCCAGAGCAGAACGAGCGAAGGACUAAAGUCCCAAGAGGGGUGAACUGGAGAGAAAGACCUACCACCAGUCAUCCAUCCCUCCAAUGAGAAGCUAUGCCAGUAACAAUGGGUGCAAGACAAGUGCCAGCCCAGGUUGGGAUGCCAGUCCAUUCACCUACAAUGCAGGGCACUAGGAUGUGGAAAGAAAUGUGUAUGUGGGGAGGGGGAGGGGGGGUUACCUGGAGAAAGCCAAACACAAAGAGGGUCCGUGGAGAGCAGAUUUGAACCUGUGUCUGUGGAGUUAUGAGACAGCAGCACUGCAGAUGAUCCCAAGUGUAGGAAACCAGCAGAGACGCUUUAAAGCAGUGGGGGGCGCCACUGGGCACUGAUUUGGAGUCCACAAGGUGACACCUGCAGUCAUGGAAUAGCUGUGGAGUGCAGGCAACCAUACUGUCAUGUGCAAAAGUAAGUGCACCCCAUGGAACAGAAGACCCUCGUGCCUACAGAUAAAGUUCAUAGACUUGAAAAACAUAACAAGGAAAACUUAACUUGUCAUUAAUUUGUUUGAGAGAAAUCUCAAUAGAUGGAAUGGUCUACUGGGGGGAAAAAGGAAGACCACCCUUAGCCUCAGAAGCUGGUGUUGCCCCCGUCACUAGAACUGACGUCUUGUAGAUGACAUUUUUGACCACCUCUCCAUGCAGCAUUCCUUCAGUGGACAGACGUUUUCUUGCAUGUUCUGCCCGUUUCAAAUCAAACACACAGCAUUUCAGUGGGUUUCAAAUCAGGGCCUUGACAUGACCAGUCCAUACCCAUCCAUGUCUUCUUUUUGAGCCAUUCCUUAGUGUGCUUUAAGUCAUUGCUGUGUCAGGAUCAACUUCAACUUCAGCCCUGGUGGCCUCACGCGCUUCUCAAGCUCACUUUGAUAGAACACAGAAUUCAUAGCUGACUCGAUGGCUUCAAGCUGCCCAGGCUGUGAAGCAGCAAUGCAACCCCAAAUCGGAGCAUUACUACCUCAAUGCUUCGCAACUGGUGUGAGGUUCUUGUCCUGAGAUGCCACCAGACAUGUCCACUGUUAUUGUGACCAAACAAGUCCAACAACGACUCCAGAGCCCAUUGGUCCAGUAGACCUGGUCUUUGCUUUGAUGUUCAAUGCCAAACUCUAGUCUUGCUCUGAUGUUCUUUCUCCUGGCACAUCUCCCAUGCAGGUCACAUCUGUGCCAUCUCUUUCUGACUGGUGAUGCCUGCUGUUUAGCAGCAACUUUUUACAAGAGCUCCCUGCAGAUCCUGCCAUGACAUUUUCGGGUUGCUGUGGACUUCUUUAAGUAUCAGAUGGUCAUUUCUUGGGCUGAAUUUUGCUGGGCUGGCCAAUCCUGGACUAAUGUGCAGACAUUUGAAAUCCACAUCAGUGGAAUGAUGGAUUUCAAAGAAUUUGGAGAACUUUUGAAAACCCUUUCCAGGCUCCCAGGCAUCCACAGCCUUCUUUCUGAAGGGCUGUAGAAAGCUCUGUAGAUCUCGACAUGAUGAGACCACACGUGUCGAUAGGAAAGUGAGCUCCAGACCUUCGACACCUGACACCAGACCCACCUGCAGGUCCCCUAAGGAGGUUUUCAACAUUGACACCUCGUCUUUAACACCUGAUUGGACGGACUUGAAGUAGUAAUAAAUGGAGAGGUGGGCCAAUCUGCAUGUGACCAAUCUGCAUUUUAGUUCAUUUAAAUGAUGCUGAUGAUGAUGAAGAUGAUGAUGAACCCACCAUGUCAGUCUGACAUGUCAUUUGUUUAUGUAGAUCACCUUUGCCUGUAGGCACUGUCUGUAUGAAGAUCUAAUGAUUGUCUGUCAAAAGGGGUGCAUUUACUUAUUCACACGGCCGUAACUCAACCACAUGGAAAUCAUUAAGACGGUGCGAGACUUCAUGCAGUAAUUUGCACACCGCCUUGGUCUUCUGAUGAGCGAGUCCCCCUCGACUGCCGUGACCUGAACACCCCCAGCGUUAGCCUGUUUGUCUUCAAGGAAGAGAAGGCUGCCAGCUGUGCCAGUGCUUCUGGACUUUAUGAUGUGUGUUUUUAAUCCAUUUUAACCAACUGAAUACGAAUAAAACAAUUUACUGUCGAUGAUU